CAGAAAUCCAUUGUGUAGUUUUGCGCGAAAUUCGGAAAUAAAUAAAUAAACCUUCCGAAAGAAAGAGCUCUGAGAAGAAGAAAUUAGACGUGUAUAUUUAACGAAUACCGUGUAAUUUCACAAUAUGGUGAUGAAUUUGAUGUAAUUCUCCAUCUCGGUCCAAUGAUGAGAAAUCAAACACGAUUUUUGAGUGUUCUGGCAGUCUUUCUUCUGUAAACUCAUUUCUGUUUCUUCCAUUAUACUCCGUUCAAGUUCAGUAUGUGUAAAGUUUCAUUGCCGAAAAGAUUCCACAUGUAAAUCAACCGGACUUCAAUACAUACAUGUCAACUAACGAUUAUAAAGUACAAGGCUGUUCAUCUGACGUCAUACUAACUUUUGUCCAAUCACAGUUCGGACACUUUACAGUUCGAGUAUCAUUUGGUAACACAGGCUUCGAGAACGUGUAUGUAGAGCGUCACAUGACAAAAUGCUGAAUAAAAAAUUAUAAACAAUUAUAAUAACACCAAUAAUAGAUUUCUCGCGAGAUUUACUGAGACUAGUGACGUCGUCUGAAACAGACCGUCUUUCGAGCAACCAAACUACUUGGAGGUGCGUGCUGUAACCAAUAAUUUUCCAAGUAAUAUUUACUGUGGUUGACGAAAGUAAGAGAUAAUUUUUGUUCAAUUUAACUCUUUAAACCGGUUUAUCGAAGACUUGAAUCUCAAGUAGAGGUAAAGAUUAACUCAGAGCGAAGAUUAGACAGCCUGAUCAAGUGGCCGUAUAACAAAACUAAAAGAGAACAUUUUCGAAGCGACUGUCGUAUAAACCACAUUCACGUGUAAUUUUUGUCAAGGAGACCAAAAAUCGUUGUAUAUUAUUUGUCAAAUAGCGUCUUCAGAUAAGGUUAUCCGAUCAUUUCGUUACAGUAAAAGAAUGAAGUAUGUGGACGUAGAGCGAGGUGGUGUUUUUGAACAAACUAAAUCAUCAGAUGUCUUUAGUGAGCUCGAUACUUAUGAUAAACGUCAUAAAACGCGUCCAACUGCUGUUGAUACCCAAAGAAUGUCGUCUUUUACGUUAACUGAUUCGGAAAACGCGCCUUCCCCGGAAAUUUUCUCGAGAAACCUGUCCCUGAACGAGUUUUCAGUUGCUAGGAGCCUAAGUUAUUCGUGUGAGGGCAAUAAAUCGAGGAUCAUACCAGGCCGCCAUAGAAAAAGAAUGAUACUGAAAAAUGGGACUGUCAAUGUAUGCAAUAGAAAUGUAGCCAAGCGACGACAGCGGUACCUACAGGAUCUGUUUAUAACAUUAGUCGACAUCCAGUGGAGAUGGAACUUACUAGUAUUUGCCAUGGGCUUCAUCCUCACGUGGUUGGGCUUUGGCGCCAUCUGGUGGCUGAUCAACUUUUCCCACGGAGACUUUGAACAUCUGGGUGAUGAAGAGUGGGAACCCUGCGUACACAACAUAAAAUCUUUUACGUCAGCGUUUUUAUUUUCUUUGGAAACUCAGCACACCAUAGGGUACGGGUUUAGGUUCAUCAACGAAGAGUGUCCCGAAGCCGUCUUUACUCUCUGCCUUCAGUCCAUAACGGGGGUCAUGAUUCAAUGCCUUAUUGUAGGCAUGGUCUUCUCCAAGUUCUCUCGGCCUAAGAAACGGCAACAGACACUCAUGUUCAGCCGAAAUGCCGUUAUUUGUCUUCGUGAUGGUAAGAUGUGUCUAAUGUUCCGUGUUGGUGACAUGCGGAAAUCGACCGUCAUUGGUGCCCAAAUUAGUUUACUCUUAAUAAAGAAAAAAGCUACCGCUGAGAAGGAGGUUCUACCUUAUUAUCACUAUAAGUUGGACAUCCGACACGACAGUGACAGCCUUUUCCUCUUAUGGCCAACAGUGGUCAUCCACGAGAUCAAUGAAACCAGUCCACUCUACACCAUGUCGGCGGAGGAACUUUUAAAGGACAAAUUUGAACUUUUGGUUAUUUUGGAGGGAACUACAGUGUCCACUGGUCAGUCCUUCCAAGCUAAGACUUCUUAUCUUUCGCACGAGAUUUUAUGGGGUCAUCGAUUCGAGCAGAUAAUAGCUUACAACAAGGAAACUGGUGAGUUUGUGGUCGACUUUGGGAAAUUUAACAACACUUAUGAAGUAGAAACACCGCUUUGCAGUGGAAAGAAUUUCGACGAGUUCAGUAGGAGCCAUGACAGGUUUCAUCUAUAGAAGAUAGGACCUAUCCUGGAUGAAUAUACGAUCCUGCACGAUUUAUCUCUCUCUCUCUCUUUUAAUGGUGUUAAUAUAAAUAUAAAUUUCACAAUAAAAAAUCAAAUUUCAAGUUCAGUUAUGAGCAAAGUAUCGUUUCAAAUGAAAUACUGAAAGGCUUUGAAGGAUAUUAAUUCGUCGAUUUUUUUCUGUACGAUAUAUUAACGUAACGAAGAGACUGGGAACGUGUUUGUGACGUCAGUGACUAAAUCUAUGAUAGAUGACAGUCAAAAAACUGUGGUAUGAGUUUUAACCGAUUAAAACUUCUCACGAGUUUCAGGUUACAGUGUGCAGUUAAACUAAUUUUUUAUACCGUCAGGAAAUACAAAACCAAAACAAUGUUUCAUAAACAUUUCAAAAAGAACUUGGAAGGUAAACUAUCAACUUUCACAAAACUUUGAGAAACAAAAUUUGAAUUCAUAGGCGUGAAAAUUAACUCUCUCACUAUGGGGUCGUAUGUAAAUAAAUAACAUUUUUUCAGAGGUGUAGGAGGCAAAUUAAAAGUGGGGGACAAGGUUUGUUUGACAGAGCGAAGCGAGGGAAUAUGUACCACAGGUGCACCCAUUACGCCGGGGUCUAGGGCUUGCUUUAAGGCUCUGGAAAUUCGUUGGUUCUGGAUUAAAUUUUAUGCAUUCUCCCGCUUUUUCCUGAGAGUAAUUUAUCUAAUUUUUACUGGGACAGAUUGAAAAGUGGGACGGCCUGGGUCCUCUCGCUUCCUACGCAAUUGUUUUUAGUAUUUUUUUGCCGCGGCAUAUCGGCUCAUAGAACAGCUCCGAGUAUUUUUUCCCCCCAAGUACAAACUUUUAACUCAUAGCUCUGUCAUCUCUUGAUCGAUUUGAGAUAUAAUUAUACUUUUGGACUCAGGAGGUCAGACCAUGUCGAUUGAUGUAUUUGACCACGUCCAAGGUCUCAUAGAUUAAUUUUUUCUAAUCCUGCAUAAAAUAAUUUCAAUUUGAGGGUAGGCUGGUAGAGAUCCUGAUGAGUAAUAAAAUCGAAUCGGGUAUACGCGCGCCCCACGCUUGGUAUUUCCCGCGCACAAAAAUAUCGCUAAUAAAAUGGGAAACAAAGGUCUCAUAGAUUAAUUGACUCUAAUCCUGCCUAAAAUAAUUUCAAAUGCCGCGGCUAUUGAGGAUUCCCUCUUGUUUUAUUAACAGGUUAAGACAGAUUUUUUUUUUUAUCCCACGUAAUUAUAACAUAAUAACACAAAAUAAAAGCACUGAGGAAGUCAAUUAAUUACAAAAUUAUCACGUUGUAAGACAAUAGUGACACACUGGUGUCACUAGGUAGGUGGUUACAUGUAACAGUUUUAAAGCCUACCUCCGAUAUAUCCCAUAUAUCUCAUAUAUAUAUCAUCGCUUAUCUCCGGUAUAUCUUAUAUGAAUUAUAUACCAUUACUAAAUAUACAUUCUUUGGGUGACAUCAUGGCGUCCUGGCGGAUCACAAGUUCGAAACCCAGCACCAAACAUACUCGCCCUUUCACACGUGGGCACGUUACAUUGUAACGUUCAAUCCCAUCAUUUUUUUUUGUAAACAGUAGCCCAAGGGAUGGUGAUUGGUGCUGCCAUCCUUGUAGCUCAAAAUUAUGGUACGGCACCAGAUAGUCCAAGCAGCUUAGAUAUAAACAAAUAAAUAGAUUAUCGUCUGAUACUUUUAUGACAAUGCAGUCACGUGACAGAAAUGCGCCAUUUGAAUCUCUGUUUACAUCGGAAGAAAUUACAACAUGUGCAUUUCUGUCACGUGGUUGUUCAGAUGUUGCCGCAACAACGGUGCCAGAUGGGACCGAAGUUAAUUGUGUGAAACUCGAAAUGUUGUCUAAGAAUCUCCAUGUUUCAGCAUUCUGGCAAGUGUGAAACUCGAAAAGUUGUCUAAGAAUCUCCAUGUUUCAGCAUUCUGGCAAGUGUGAAACUCGAAAAGUUGUCUGGGAAUCUCCAUGUUUCAACAUUCUGGCAAGUGUGAAACUCGAAAAGUUGUCUGGGAAUCUCCAUGUUUCAACAUUCUGGCAAGUGGGAAACUCGAAAAGUUGUCUGGGAAUCUCCAUGUUUCAGCAUUCUGGCAAGUGUGAAACUUGAAAAGUUGUCUGGGAAUCUCCAUGUUUCAACAUUCUGGCAAGUGUGAACUCGAAAAGUUGUCUAAGAAUCUCCAUGUUUCAACAUUCUGUAGAGACAUUUUCGAAGCGCAGACAGGAGCGAGACUUGAACUUACGGAACGGAUUUCGGCCAAUCGAAUCGAGUACCCAAGUUUCGGAUCAAUUUAUUUUGUGUUGUACUUAAUUAUGUUGUAUGUAUAUUAAACAUUCUUUUAUAUACUCUA